UCAGCGAAAUCAGACGUCCAUUUCGGCCGUUCGGCUAAGUUCAAGAAGGUGCUUUCGCUCUGAUUGUGUAUGUGUUUAGGCGUUUGGCAAGUUCGUCUAUGUUUGGUUGCCAAUUCCAUCAAUGGCCGCUUCAAUUCUUCGCCCUUCCCCUUCCUUCAGCAACUUCAGGACUGGUCAAGUAUGUCUACAUAUUAAUUCAGAGCAGUUACAGACUUCCAUCCUGUGUUUUCCUUUUAGUAUCCAAAAUAAACGAGGCAACAGCAAACUGUAUAUGAUCCCUAAUAAAGCCAUUUCCUGUUGCCACAUCUUGAGGCCUUCUGCAGGAUCAUCUGGUUCAAUAGAAUUAGAUGGCACACGCCAAGGGGAUCAAGCUUCUUCUAGUGUUUCAAGUCCAAACAAUCUUCCAGGCGGGUCAAUGAAGUUGCUUGAUCACUCAAGGAGUCCACCUGCGGAUAUUGCUGAUUUGGAAAGACAGUUAGAGGAGUUGUUUAAUGAAGUUAAAACUAUGAUUAAGAUGGGGAACAAAGAUGAUGCUAUAAACCUUCUUGAAGCAAAUUAUGAAUUGUUGAAAGAGCAGAUGGAUGCAGGUGCUAGAGGCAUAGAAGAGGCUGCCAUUCUAGACAUCAUAGCCUUGGGAUACUUGGGUAUUGGGGACUCGAAAAUGGUCGAUUACCUGUUGGGCAUGUUGAAUGAUGUUGUUGAUGGUUUAGAGGAUGGUGAACCCCUUCUUGAUUCAAUACUGAUGCAUAUGGGAAGUAUGUAUUCAACUAUGGGGAAAUUUGAGAAAUCCAUGCUUGCAUACAGGAGGUCUCUUGAAAUUCUAGAGAGAGAAUAUGGGAAAAAUAGUCCUUUUCUUGUCACGCCAUUAAUAGGGAUGGCAAAGGUAUUUGGUUCUAUUAGAAGAGCUAGAGAAGCAGCAAAAGUAUAUCAUGAUGUGAUUGGCAUAUUAGAGUUGAGCAAAGGUGCAGAAGGUGAGGAUUUGGUGGUGCCUUUGCUUGGCCUUGGCAAUCUUUUAAUGAAGGAAGGAAAACAUAUGGAUGCUGAAAAUUCUUUUAUCAGAAUUCUUGACAUAUACUCAAAGUUAUAUGGACAGAAUGAUGAAAGAGUUGGAAUGGCUAUGUGUUCUUUGGCUCACGUGAAAUGUGCAAAAGGGAAUGUUGAUGAAGCCAUUCAUUUAUACAGAAAUGGCCUUCAGAUCCUCAAGAAUUCAAAAUGUAUAGCUUUGGAUGACAGCAUAAUGGAGAAAAUGAGAAUAGACUUAGCAGAAUUGCUGCAUUUGACAGGAAGAAGAAAAGAAGGCCAUGAGCUACUGGAGGAAUGCUUGUUCAUAACUGAGAAAUGCAAAGGGAAAGAACACCCUACCCUAGUUACUCACCUCAUAAAUCUUGCAACCUCCUAUUCAUGCUCAAAGAACUAUGCAGCAGCUGAGCAGUUGUUGCGGACAAGUUUGCAGAUCAUGAAUAAGACCGGGGGGCCUGAUGAUCCAUCCAUCAGUUUCCCAAUGUUACAUCUUGCUGUUACUCUCCACAACUUGAAUCAGUAUGAAGAAGCUGAGCAACUAGCACUGGAGGCUUUGCACAUCCGAGAAAAGACAUUUGGAGAAGACUCUCUUCCUGUUGGGGAAGCUCUUGACUGCUUAGUGUCUAUACAGACCAAAUUAGAGAAGGAAGAGGGAAAGCUUCUGGAGCUUCUGAAGAGGGUUCUGGCAAUUCAAGAGAAAUCAUUUGGUCAUGAGAGCGAGGAGGUAAUGGAAACCCUUAAAAAGAUUGCAUUCUACCUAGACAAACUGGGGAUGAAGGAUGAGAAAUUUCCUGUGCAGAGGAGACUGUCCAUGCUUAGAACGAAAUACAAACACAUGGUUCAGUAUUAGAACACAUCCUACUGCGAUUAGCCCCUUGAUUAGCUUUGACCAAAGGGUUGAUCAGCAUCAAUGUGUUCUAGCGUGUAUCAAUCUCAUGAUUCACUCGAGUUCUUGUUCAUGAAGACUCUCAAUCCAUAGAAGAAUUAGGUCAUGUUAGGAUGGGGGCUGUAGUUUUGUUAAUGUAGUGUAUCUAAUUUUUAUGUUGGCUGUUUUGAUCAAAAUUUAGACAGCUUUGCUCCCGAGCAAGCUAUCAUGAAAACCAACAACAAAAUCAAAUAUGUUGGUAACUUCUACUGUUCCUGUAUAAUGGGUCUUAGGUACUGUGUUGGUCCUUUGCCAUGACUGAAUCAACGGAGUGGCUUGCGUUGAAAUGGCCCUUGAAUUGUCAUUACCAAAACUGAACAAUAAUGCGGUUGCCUCUGUUUGUUUGAGUAGGAGUUAUUAUAUAAAGUCAAGUUGGAGUAUUUCUUUGUUAGAAAAA